AUAGUGUUUGAGUGAAAUAGCGUCUAGCAAAUUGGAUAUCGUGUAAAAGAGACAGACAACGAAUCGUUUCGUUUUUUUUUCUCUUCGUUUCUCUACAUUCUGUCAAACAUCUCGGAACCAAUCAACUAUCGUAUAAAAAUUCCGAGCAAAAGUUAAAAGGCUGUAAAAUUAUCCCAGCAUAGUUUUGUGUCUUGCAAAAGCAGUUUCAUAGAAAACAAAAAUCAAUUUUUUUUCGUAACAUUUCAAAGGAAACAACAGAAUAGCUCUUAAAGUACAAACAAUUUGAAAAAAAUCAUCAAUAUUUUAUGUUUUCAACUCAUAUUUCAGGACUUUCCGAGACAGCUGUAAUGGACCUCAUGGCCAAUAACUUGCAGCAACAACGCAAUAUGGUUGAACAAUUGCGACGUGAAGCCAAUAUUCAACGUAUGCCCGUGUCAAAGGCAUGUGAAGACAUCAUCAAAUAUGUGACCGAGCACGAGCAAGAAGAUUGUCUCCUGGUCGGUUUCUCCAGCCAAAAAGUCAAUCCAUUCCGUGAGAAGAGCUCAUGCCAAAUCCUCUAAAUAUUGCCGUUGUAAUCCAUCAACCAACCAACACCAUCAUAUAUUACUACGUAUGCACAAUAUGCUACAUCCUCCCCCCCUCAAGCAACUCUCUGUACACCAAAUAUGGAAUAUAUAACUUAAUUCUUCUCACAAGUCACUAACUCUAUUUUUUUUUUUUCUCACCACCAACACUCAUAACACACUAUCCACAAUGUGUAACGUGAUAACAAAAAAACAACACACACACAAAAUAAGAAACAACACCUGUGCCCAUAUAGGCCUUUUCAUUACUGUGUAUCUCAAGAAAAAAAAACUUUGUCUCAGCAUAGAAAUGGAAUUGAAUAGAACCAACGGAUUUCAUCUGUUUCGAUAAUUUAUUAGAUAUAUUUAAAUGGAAUGGAAAGAUAGAAAGGAAGCAACAUGAAAAACGCACAUGAUUCGAGUCAAUUUUCCAUCAUUUUCGUAUCAAUUUUCCUUCCUCACACACACGCAUUCAAAACACAGUGUAUUUGUGUGGUUUAGCCAAAAUCGUUUUUCAAAUUCCAUCAUUUUAAUUAAUUCGGUUACACACACAAAGUAUUAGUUUGAAAUGUUUCUCCACAAUCAAAACAAAUAGCAAAUUAUGGAUUGAGUAGCGAAAUAAACAUCUAUUGUGUUAAAUUGUCGAUUUGUCAAACUGUUUAUAUUAUAAAUGUUGGUGUGAUUUUUAGCUAAAUCUGAACUAAUUUUUAUUGUGAAUUCAUACAAAUUUAUAUAAAUAGUCAAAAACGAAAUCAAUUCGUUUUUUUCUUUUCAAUUCAAUACGAGAAAUCCGCCAGUGACAAUUUAACAUUUUAACAAUAUUUUCUGAAUUCUAUUUAUCCAUUCGCAACAAAAACAAAAACAGAAGAACGCAAUUUAAUAAUGAAACUACAUAUAUCGAUAUUGUUGUUAUUUUACAAUGGAAAUUCUCUUUGAAUCGAAUUUUUGAAGACGAUUUCGACAAACACAAAUUACAAACUACAAAAACAAAAUAAACAAACAAAUGAGCUAAUAUUUUCUGUCAUAUUUGUAAUAGAUGAAAUGUUCAAAAUACAAAGAAAAAUUUACAAAAAAUAAAUAUUGAUGUGUUGAUGUAAACUGAA